AUGCACCCAUCUGAGAACGGUUCAUCGGUCAAGAUGGAGGACGAUGCGAUAGCUGUGAUCGGGCUCUCGUGCCGCUUUCCUGGCGACGCGACCACGCCACAGACUUUCUGGGAUAUGUUACGCGAAGGCCGGUCGAGCGCAUCGAAGGUGCCAGCAACAAGAUGGAAUGCCGAAGGCUGGCAUCACGACGUCAAGGGGAGGAGAAACACCGUGAUCGCCCCGCAAGGUUACUUUCUGUCUUCAGAUAUCACAGCCUUCGAUGCAGAGUUCUUUCACAUUAACCAAGCAGAGGCGGUCGCCAUGGACCCGCAGCAGCGCAUCAUGCUCGAAGUCACGUACGAGACCUUUGAAAAUGCCGGUCUCAAGAUUGAAGACAUAUCCGGAAGCCAGACAGCAUGCUACGUGGGCGCCUUCACGAGUGACUGGAGAGAGAUGCAAUUCCGCGACCUUGACAGCGCACCGACUCUGGCCGUCACUGGUUCUGGAAUCGAACUGCUGGCCAACAGGACUUCCUGGUUUUACGACCUGCGAGGCCCCAGUGUGACCGUUUCAACUGCGUGCUCGGCUAGUAUGGUGAGCAUCCAUCUGGCAUGCCAAAGUCUCCGAACUGGCGAGGCUACCAUGGCACUGGCCGGGGGAGCCAACCUGUUCCUCUCCCCAGAAGUCUUCGCGCUGCUCUCCAACCAGAACUUCUUGUCGCCCGACGGAAUGUGCCACAGCUUCGAUGCUAGCGGCAACGGCUAUGCUCGCGGAGAAGGCGUUUCUUCCGUUUUGUUGAAGCGCGCGAAGGAUGCCAUUCGCGAUGGCGACACGAUCAGGGCAAUCAUCCGGGGGAGUGGAUCAAACCAGGACGGAAAGACGCCCACGAUGACGAUGCCCAAUGGAGCUGCGCAAGCCGAUUUGAUCCGUGCCACUUACACAUCCGCCGGCCUUGACCCUAGCCAGACGAACUACUGUGAGGCGCAUGGAACCGGCACAGCAGCAGGGGACCCUGCCGAGCUUUUCGGUCUUGCAUCAACAUUGUGCGAGAAUCGGGAUCCCGCUAAGCCCCUAUAUGUCGGCUCAGUCAAAACGAAUAUUGGACACCUGGAAUCUGUCGCCGGCAUCGCAGGCGUUGUCAAAGCCAUCCUUGCCCUCGAAGCCGGGGUCAUUCCCCCCAGUCUGAAUUUCGACACACCUAAUCCCAAGAUUCUCUUCAAAGAUUGGAACAUCACGAUUCCUACCACAGCCGUUCAAUGGCCAUAUCCUGGCCCGCGCCGAGCCAGUGUCAACUCGUUCGGAUAUGGGGGCGCCAACGCCCACGUGAUCCUAGAAGAUGCUUACCACUACCUUGCAGAGAGAAAUCUGCUGCAGCAAGGGCAUCAUCGUACCCGGCUUCCAGCUUUUACCAAUGGCUACCAUACCAAUGGUGGGAAGACGAACGGACUGAUCGUGACCAAUGGCAACACCAAUGGGAGGACCAAUGGAGUUGGCAAGAAGAUCAAUCGGCACGUGUUCGCCCUCAGCACUACUGACGAAGAAGGCAUCAGCCGAAUGAGUGCAGACUUAGCAGGCUAUUUGGAGACGCACAAGGGGGCCGCUAUCCUGCCAGAUCUCGCCCACACCUUGAACCGCCGGUCUCGCUUCCCGUGGAAGUCGUUCUAUACGGCUUCGUCGGCGACGGAACUCCAAGAUGCUCUCGCAAAGAACAGUGGAUCCUCUCAUGUCUCCACCAAAGUACCAAAACUAGGGUUUGUCUUUACCGGGCAGGGAGCGCAAUGGGCUCGAAUGGGCGCUGAAUUGAGCCAGUUCGACAUCUGCCGCAAGAGUUUCGAGGAAGCGGAUGCGUAUCUUCGUGAUACUCUGUCAUGCCCUUGGUCUGUGAUCGAAGAACUUGCGAAAGAAGAAGCGAGCAGCAACGUCAACCAGCCCUUUUACAGUCAGCCCCUCUGUACUGUGGUUCAGGUUGCUAUCGUCGACCUGCUCGCUUUGUGGAACGUCAAACCUGUUGCUGUUGUAGGCCACUCUAGUGGUGAGAUUGCAGCAGCCUACUGUCUCGGUGCGCUCAGCAAGCAAGAUGCUUGGAAGGCCGCUUACUUCCGUGGCUAUCUUUGCUCGCAGCAACAACUCUCAGGAAAGAAGCACGGAACCAUGAUGGCGGUAGGUACCUCCAGAGAGAAAGCUCGAGAGUUCACGCAGAAAGCGACCACCGGUACAUGCCUUGUAGCUUGCGUGAACUCCCCCACUAGCGUCACUGUAUCCGGCGAUAGCCAAGCUGUCGAGGAAGUGCGACAGCUUUUGCAGAAAGAGGGCAUCUUCGCUCGCCCCCUCAAGGUCCAGGCGGCAUACCACUCCCACCACAUGGCUCCUUUGGCUGGACCCUACCUGGAUGCACUCGGUGACAUGGAAACGCUUCCUGGCCAUCCCGGAAGGACCAUGUACUCGAGUGUCACUGGCGAAUACAUCGAACCCGAUGAGCUUGGCCCAACCAACUGGGUGCGAAACCUCAUUUCGCCAGUCCUGUUCUCGGAUGCCGUUGCGGAGAUGACGAAAGCUGGCGAUGCCGAUCUCUUCGUCGAAAUCGGACCGCAUCCGGCAUUGAAAGGUCCAGUACGUCAGCAAGCUGGCAAUAAGACAGAGUACUUGGGAACGUUGAUGCGGGGCGUCGACUCGGUAGAGUCACUUUUCGAAUUCGCAGGGAACGCUUUCAUCCACGGCGUGCCAAUCAACUUGUCAAAAGUCAACAACGGAGAGGGUAAACUAAUCAGCGAUCUCCCGUCAUACCCCUGGAACCACACCCGGAAGUUCUGGAGCGAGUCUCGCAUCUCCAAGACCAACAGACUUCGCAAAGCGCCGCGCGGAAGUCUUCUUGGGGCUCCUUACGCUCCAAUGACCCGCGAUGGCCAGCUGUGGAGAGGCUUCGUCAGGAUUUCCGAGGAGCCAUGGAUUCGCGAUCACAACAUCCAGGGCUCUAUCUUGUACCCGGCAGCGGGAUUUUUAUCCAUGGCAAUCGAGGCUGCUCGACAAGCUGAUUUUGAUCAGGAGCACCAGAAGUCCGUGAGCGCCUACCUGCUGCGAGAUGUACAGAUCGAUAGCGCUCUUGUCUUGACGGAGACCGCAGACGCUGAGUGCAUUAUUGAGCUGCGCCCUAGCGAGCCCGGAGGCGCAUGGCAGAGGUUUUCUAUCUCCACAUCUCAGGAUGGUGGAAAUCUCCAAGAGCAUUGUUCCGGUCUCCUCCUGCUCGAAUACGAAGCACCCAAGGGCUCCAGUGCUGCAUUCGAGAAGGCACUCGACGACGAGGGUCGAAUUGUAUCAUACCAUAGUGCCGAAGGCGUCACCAAACACACCAUAGAUCAGGAGAAGUUCUACGAGGACCUCGCAUCCAUCGGAAUGACUUAUGGUCCAGCUUUCCGAAAUGUACACGCCGUUCGCGUUGGCGAUUGGACAAGUUGUUGCACUUUGACCAUUCCGAGCAGUCAAGUUAUCAACUCGCCGCAGGUGUCAGCUUUUGAGAGACCCCAUAUUAUCCACCCCACUGUUCUCGACGCGAUGCUCCAUGCUGCUUUUGCCGCAUCCAUGGGAGCCGGUGUCAACGAGGCGGCAGUACCCAGCUCUAUUCGAGAACUGGUCAUCACUGCCGAUAUGCCAUUCGGUGGCGGCGCGGUCCUCCAAGGCUCGGCAACGACCAAACGCCACGGCUAUAGUGCCUUCAUGUCCGAUGUUGAUUUUCUGGAUGCAUCCUGCACAAAGCCUAUUGCUAAGAUUGUGGGACUUCGGUGUGUCAAGGUGGCAUCGUUGCCAUCAGGGCAAAGCGCAUCGGCAAGUUCAAAAUCGCUAUGCAGUCAACUCAGCUGGACACCCGUGCUCUCUCUCGCACCCCAGUUGCUGCAGCACUUGCCCAGUGCUAUUCGACCUCUCAGCAAGAUGACCCCUGAUCGUAAAGGGGUGGAGAACGAGAAAGCUCUCGAGGGAUUGGUUUCCCACGGCGUGCGACGGGCGCUCCAGAAUGUCAAAUUCUCAGAGGUGACCUCCGACAAACUGCGCGAAGUUUACAGUUGGUUGGAGCAGAGGAUGGACGUUGCCGCAACGCCGUCAACAAAGGAGCGAGCCGGCUUUUUGGACGGCGGCCUCGUACCAGAGACCGAUAUUGAGCAAUAUCUGUGCGCAAUCGAGGACUUGGAGGGCCAGGUGAGUUUCAACCGCGCCGAUUUGCAGCAUUUCCUGCCGAGGCUGGAGAACAUACUGCGUGGAGAGCCAUACGUUCCGCAUGAGGGUCCGGGGGAGCAUCCUCCAGUCUUGAUCGGCGCAGACGAAGCCAUUUUUACGGCUAUUGAGACUUUGAAAGCGUUCGCAUUAUGGCGGCCCGGAAGCGACGUCUUAUUGAUAGAUUCCGGAUACGAUGGCGUGACAGAACGAGCACUGAGCAAUAUACGUUCCGUCACUGGGUCAGCGCUGCUUGAUACUGUGGCGAUAACAUUCGCCUCCAACCGGCCCAGUGCCUUGGCCAACGCCGAAGAGGCGUUUCCCAAUGUCUCCUCGGUCCUCUUUGGACUCGACAAGGACUUGGCUUCGCAAACAUUGAAAGAGUCUUCCUUCGACGCUGUCUUUAUCAGCGGCGGUCUCACAUACUCUCAGGAAGAUCUCAGCACAGUUCUCGGAAAGCUGAAAAGCCUCUUGCGACCAUCUGGCUGCCUUUACACCGUCGAGUUGACCAACCCCAGCAUUUCCAGACUGCCGUCGCUCUUGGGAUUUCAGAACCUCUGGACGAAGUCCAAAGGGCCUUCGCCAUUCGAUGUUUUCCCACGAGAAGCUUGGGAGUCCGCACUGACCGAGAAUGGCUUUCGAUUAGAUUUUGCUUUCCCAGAGCAAGACAGCCACACGCCGGAGACAACACUCUUUGCGGCCUCGAUUCCAUCCGACAUGGCUCCUUCUGGGAUUGACAAAGUCAUCAUACUGCAACCAGUAGCACCUUCGGAGCGAGUCCAAGCACUGGCAAAGGGAAUCACUGAGGCACUUGAGGGCCUCUCGGUCGUGGUCAAAUCCGAGACGUGGGGCGAUGCCAGCCCUGCUAUAACUGGCGGCAAUUUUGUAUCGCUGCUAGAAGUUGAUAACGACAUGAUCGUCAAUCUAUCUUCGAGUAGUUUCUCCAAGCUCCAGGAAAUGAUUCUCAAUGCAUCCAGUGUCUUGUGGGUGACGGGAUCCAUCCGACCAGAGCAUGAACUCGUCACCGGACUGGCGCGCGCGAUCAAGAAUGAAGUCGCGAGUGUCGAAUUCCGCGUGCUGCAUACGGACGAUACCAAUUCUGAUGGGGUGGUAUCUUCAACUAUCGCCAAGCUUGCAGUGGCUGGAACAGGGGAGGACGAGUAUCUUCUCCGUGGCAACGCUCUUCACACCAACCGCAUCAUGGAGGAUACGACCCUGAACAAGCAAGUAGGUGAAAUGCUGGAUCACAAGACCGCGGAAGAGAUAGUUCUGGGCGAGUCUCGACUCCCCCUCCUCCUCUCUAUCGCACAGCCAGGCCUACUCGAUUCCUUGUGCUUCACGGAAGACAAGAGCGCCGUACUUCCACUUGGACUUGACGAAGUAGAGAUUGACGUGAAGGCCACUGGGCUCAAUUUCCGUGAUGUGAUGGUGUGCCUGGGACAGAUCCCCGAUAAUCUUCUUGGCUUUGAGGCGAGUGGACUCGUUCGCAGAGUCGGCUCGGGCGUCACCCGAUUCAAGCCCGGAGAUGCCGUGUGCGUGCUCGGUCAUGGUGCUCACAGGACCUUGUUCCGCAGCAAGGAUCUCUUCUGCCAACACAUGCCUCUAAACAUGUCGUUUGAUGAAGCAGCGGGAUUGCCCUUGGUGCACGCCACCGCAUACCAUGCACUUGUCAAUGUUGCUCGACUCAACAAGGGUCAGUCGGUGUUGAUCCACGCCGCCGCUGGUGGCGUUGGACAAGCUGCGGUUCAACGGCCGUUACUGACUUCACGGUCUUCAACAGUUGCUCAGCACCUCGGUCUCGAAGUCUAUGGCACCGUUGGCUCUCCGGAGAAGAAGAAGCUUCUUCAAGACCUGUACGGUGUUGACGAAAGUCAUUUGUUUCAUUCUAGGGACACUUCGUUUGCCAAGGGUAUCAUGCGGGCGACCAACCAGCGCGGUGUCGAUUGCGUUCUCAACUCCUUGUCGGGAGAGGCUCUCCGUGCUUCGUGGAACUGUAUCGCACCUUUCGGAAGCUUCGUCGAGAUUGGUAUCAAGGAUAUCCUAGCGAACAGCGCAUUGGAGAUGCGUCCCUUUAUCCAAGAUGCCAGCUUCUCAUUCCUCAAUCUCGAGCACGUUCAGCGUCGGCGCCCAGAGUUGAUGGGAGAGAUUCUGGAGAAAUCCUUCACCCUCCUUCGCGAGGGUCUGACGAGAGGGGUCCAGCCACAGAAUGCGUAUCCCGUCUCACGUGUCGAGGACGCCUUCCGUCUCAUGGCUUCCGGCAAGCAUCAAGGCAAGAUCACCAUUUCGUACAACUCUGAUGCCAAGAUUCCUGUGGAGCUGGAUCCUGCAGCUGCCAUCGACCUCUCCAGGGGCACUUACGUUCUGGUUGGUGGACUUGGUGGCUUGGGAAGGAGUCUGGCAAGGCUUCUGGUCGAAUGCGGUGCCCGAAGCAUAUCCUUCAUCUCGCGAUCUGGCUCGUUGACCGAGCCGCCUGCCGUCGCGUCCCUUGUCGAAGAGCUAGAAGGAAUCUCGGUCAGUGUGACGCAUUACAAGUGCGACAUUUCAAGCGAGGAUGCCCUGCGAUCGACUCUGGACAGGUGCGGAAGCGAGAACCCUCCCAUCGCAGGUGUCAUCCAGUGCGCCAUGGUUCUCCGCGAUUGCCUCUUCUCCACAAUGAGUCACCGCCAGUGGAUCGAAUCUCUGGCGCCGAAGGUCGAAGGAACGCGCAAUCUCGCCAAGACCAUGCCUCCAAACCUGGACUUCUUCAUCCUCCUGUCGAGUUUCUCCGGCAUUUUCGGGAACAUGGGCCAGAGUAACUACGCCGCCGGUUGCACGUUCCAAGACGCCACGGCUCAUACGAUGCACUCGCUCGGCCACAACGCCGUGUCGAUCGACCUGGGCAUCAUGCGGGAUGUCGGUGUCCUGGCCGAGCAGGGAGCCAAGGGUCACCAUCUCCGAGACUGGGAGGAGCCGUUCGGCAUCCGCGAAGACGAGUUCCACGCCCUCAUCAAGACGGUCAUCAGCGGCGUGUCCAAAGACCGCAAGACCUUCCCCACGCAAAUUGUGACUGGGCUGGCGACAGGCGGAGCCGUCGCGAAAGCAGGCAUCGCCGAGCCCUUCUACUUCAGUACGCCCAAGUUCCUGCCCAUGAGCUUUGCGGGCAAGGGUGCUGCUGGAGCCGACCAGACGGUAUCGGUUCUUGAGGAACUGGCUCGUGCCGAGACAUUCGAGGCGAGAGUCGUCGUGAUUGAAGGAGCGGUGGUCGGCAAGGUGGCGACCAUCGUCAGUACGGCGGCCAGCAAUAUCGACAUCUCGAAGCCCCUCUACGACUACGGCGUGGACUCUCUGGUUGCUCUCGAACUCUCGAACUGGUGUCUGAAAGAGAUUGGAGUUUCUGUUUCCACGUUUGACCUGCUGAAGUCGGCACCCAUCUCGGCUCUCUGCGAAGAGAUUGCGAGGAGGAUUCAGGGAGAGGCCAAGUAG